CCCUCUAAAAGAAAAAGCAAAACAAACAAAUAAGCCUACAGGGAUGGACCUGGGGGAGCAUGUGUGAGUGUGUGAAUGCCAGGGGCAUGAGUGUGUGUACCAGCAUGCACGCCUUUCUCUCCCCCUUAUUUGUCUCUGUGCGUCUCUCCCUAAACCCUCCCCCUGCCUCAAUUAUAUUAUUCUCCCAGACUUGGGAGCUGCUCCCCGAGCUGAUGCUUUGAUGGUAUCUGCAAGCCUGUGUGCUGAUCUUAUUUCUGCUCCCUGAAUAUUAAUUCCUGGAGCUGGUAGCAAUACAUCUCCCCAGUGACGGGACCUACUAGAGGCAGGUGGGGGGAGCCACCAUCAGAUUCUAAGCAUAAUAAUAAUAAUACAAAGGGGAGGGAUUCUUCUGCAACCGAGAGGCAAGAAGCAGAGGGGGAAAAAAGCGAUGAGUUUGCCAAAUAGAUGGAGCACAGGAAGCUCAGUCUGCAGGACUCCUGUAUUUUCACAGAAAAUGACGGCGUGGAUCCUGCUCCUGCUAACGCUCUACCCAAGCCUCACUAGCCAAAAAUCUGAUGACGACUAUGAAGAUUAUGCUUCUAACAAAACAUGGGUCUUGACGCCCAAAGUUCCUGAGGGUGAUGUCACUGUUAUCUUAAACAACCUUCUGGAAGGAUAUGACAAUAAACUUCGACCUGAUAUAGGAGUGAAACCAACAUUGAUUCACACAGACAUGUAUGUGAACAGCAUUGGUCCAGUGAAUGCCAUCAAUAUGGAAUAUACAAUUGAUAUCUUUUUUGCCCAAACAUGGUAUGACAGACGUUUGAAAUUUAACAGCACCAUUAAAGUCCUCCGACUGAAUAGCAACAUGGUGGGGAAAAUCUGGAUUCCAGACACUUUCUUCAGAAACUCAAAAAAGGCUGAUGCACAUUGGAUUACCACCCCCAAUAGGAUGCUGAGAAUUUGGAAUGAUGGUCGAGUGCUCUACACCUUAAGAUUGACAAUUGAUGCCGAGUGCCAAUUACAGUUGCAUAAUUUUCCAAUGGAUGAACACUCCUGCCCCUUGGAGUUCUCCAGUUAUGGCUAUCCGCGGGAAGAGAUUGUCUACCAGUGGAAGCGUAGCUCUGUGGAAGUAGGUGAUACGAGAUCCUGGAGGCUUUAUCAAUUUUCAUUUGUUGGACUGAGAAACACCACUGAAGUAGUGAAGACGACUUCUGGAGACUACGUGGUCAUGUGUGUCUACUUCGAGCUGAGCAGGAGAAUGGGAUACUUCACCAUCCAGACCUACAUCCCCUGCACGCUCAUUGUCGUUCUAUCCUGGGUGUCUUUCUGGAUCAAUAAGGAUGCCGUUCCAGCCAGGACCUCUUUAGGUAUCACAACUGUCCUGACAAUGACCACCCUCAGCACCAUUGCCCGGAAGUCGCUCCCCAAGGUCUCCUAUGUCACAGCAAUGGACCUUUUUGUGUCUGUCUGCUUCAUAUUUGUCUUCUCUGCUUUGGUAGAGUAUGGCACCCUGCAUUAUUUUGUCAGCAACCGGAAACCAAGCAAAGACAAAGACAAGAAGAAGAAAAACCCUCUUCUUCGGAUGUUUUCCUUCAAGGCCCCUACUAUUGAUAUUCGCCCAAGAUCAGCAACCAUUCAAAUGAACAAUGCCACGCACCUUCAAGAGAGAGAUGAAGAAUAUGGGUAUGAGUGUCUGGACGGCAAGGACUGUGCCAGCUUUUUCUGCUGUUUCGAAGACUGCCGAACGGGAGCUUGGAGGCAUGGGAGGAUACACAUCCGUAUUGCCAAGAUGGACUCAUAUGCAAGGAUCUUCUUCCCAACUGCGUUCUGCUUGUUCAAUCUGGUGUAUUGGGUCUCCUACCUUUACCUGUGAAGAAUGAUUGGUUUUACUGAUAUGGGUCUUAUUCUUCACUAAAUCUCCUGGGAGAAGAUGUCCUUUCUAAGUCCAUUUAAGUAAUCCUUUGUGUGGUUUACAAUCAUCUGAGUUUGUUUCCACGUUCCAACCCGGUAAGCUGUAUUCCUGUCAUACUGUUUGCACCCAACUCUUUUUUGGUAAGUGUAAUUUAAACUAUAAUGUUCUGUGUUGCAAACCUGCAGGGCAAAGUGAAAUUAGAGCAAGAACAUUGAAACCAAACAACAUAUUUCCAGCUACAGAACUGAAAUAGUAAAAGCAAUGAUUAUUUACAGUGGUGGUGUCCUUAUUCAAUUCAAAAUACAAUUACAAACAAAACAUCCCAAACUGCAUUCUAAGUUCAUUUGGGGUCAACUUGUGAUAAAUCUGAUCCUCAAAGAACAUCUCCCUCAUUUGAGACAAAUGACAACUCCUUUGAAAUAUAAGAACCUAGACAAGAAAUCAAUUUACCUCUAUCCCAAGAUAGAAAAAAAAUUUCCUCCACAUGACAUGUACACUGAUGUAAAUAUUUCAGUAACAUAGAAUGCUUCAAGUUCAAUGCAUGCAUCUCUUUAGAGCCAAAAUAAAUGGAUUAAACUUAUCAUUGUAAAGUAUUGUCUUUUAUUUUUUGUGUCUUUGGGCUACAAAAGAAUCAUGAAUGUAAUUAUAAGGAUUUGGGACUGGA